AUGUCGGCAAUAGUGACCAAAAGUGGCUCUACCCAGUUCCCCAGGCCACUGGUAAAGCAUCUUCCGCAAUAUAACUACAGCAACCUCAAUCCUUAUGUACACCCACCCGAAACAAAGGAGAAUCUACCGUGGUCGGAGCUGGUAACUCUCGAUCUACGAGAUAUCGACCGACCGGGUGGUAAAGAUCGCCUAGCGAAACAGCUCGAGCACGCUGUCCACUACGUUGGAUUCUUCUACGUUAAGAACUUUGGCUUGUCACAGGAACAGAUCAACAAGCAAUUCACCCUUGCGAAGAAUUUCUUCGAGCUUCCUGUUGAGGAGAAGGAAAAGUUUGAGCUCAAGUACGCGGAAGCCGACUACAAUGGUUGGCGGCGCCCGGGCCGGUCACUAGAGGCUAAGGUGUUUGAUAACGUUGAGCUCUUCAACAUCCCUAAAUUCAUCGACGAGUUUAGAGGCAAGUAUAACUAUCCAGAUCUACUACAAGCGCAUAUGGAGGAAAUCGAGCUGUUCCAACGUACUUUACACUCGAACGUGGUCAUUCCGCUUCUGCGGUUAUUCGCAAUCAUCCUACGACUUCCGGACGAAGAUUAUCUAGUCAAGCAGCAUUCCUACAAUGACAAGAGCGAAGAUCACUUACGCUACAUGAUAUACUACCCGAGAACGGAUGAGGAAUGGGAGGUCAGGAACUUCGGCAAGGAGGGUGGUCACACCGAUCUGGGAACAAUAACGCUACUCUUUCGACAGCCUAUUGCUGGUCUCCAGAUCCUGGGUGAAGAUAAUAACUGGACCUGGGUCUCUGCCCAGCCUGGAACCAUUACGGUUAACCUGGCCGACACUAUCUCGCACCUUACUGGAGGGUGGCUAAAGAGCUCAGUACACCGCGUGGUCGCGCCACCUAAAGACCAACGUCAUUAUAAACGCACCGGCAUACUAUAUUUUGUCCGCCCAUCCAACGAUACUAUCCUAUACCCAAUUAUGGACUCGCCAGUACUACAGGAUGCUGGCGUUAAACCUCGCUUCGAUAAACCCGUUACGGUCGAGCAAUGGGUGAAGGCAAAGCAGACACUACAGCUCAAUCCAGAGAUUGCGGCUAAGAAGUGGGCAGAAGGAGACAAUAGUACAGUCGAGGUCCUUGCCGGGUUUAAAGACCAGAGAUAUAAGGCAUAG